ACCUUCCCUUUUUGACUCCCGAGUCCAAGGCGGAUUCCCGCCCAAUUUUUUUAUAUUUUUGUCUCUGUUAAAUGUUUUAUUGAUUUCGACGAAGUACGACGGUAAUCAAAUAAUAACAAGUCCGAUUUUGGACAAAAACUGACCGAUAUUACAUCCCAAGUACCUGACGAUGGACGUCCUUUUAAAAGUGGAUCUGAACGAGUUUUUAACACCCAAAUCGUGUUCCCUCGUUGUCAAACAGUUAAUUAAAUACAUCGCUUACAACACUCAACAAAUCCCUUAUACUUAUGAUGGGAUCGCCAAACAAAUCAACUGCAUGAAGACAUCUAGUGAUUAUUUGGAAACAGCUCAACAAUCAAUGAAAAUUAUGAAAGCUAAUAGACUAUAUAACGAGAUAAAGAAUCAAUUUAAUAAUUUUGAAAGUACCUUUAAAUCAAUCGAGGAGGAGCUAUUAAAAAAUCACGAAAAUCACGGACUCAAAGAAAUUAUACUUGUAUUAGGUACAACAUUACUUUGUCCUAAACUUAUAUUUAGAAUACAAAUUCCUCCUCUUAGCCAACAAGCGAAACAUUGUGAUAUUUCAACGAGGAAAUCCCUGUGCAGUUUAUAUAGACACUUAUUAAAGGAUUAUGAUAAAAUGUUUUCAAAAUCGAUUGGUCCAACUAACACUUUUAUUUUUCUCCGCAUGGAAGGAAAGCCUUCGAGUGACUGGUUUGUGCCGAAGCAUAAUUUUAAUAUUUCCGGGAGAAUUACUUCCAUUGUUUUUUCAUUUAAUACACCUACACCUUUUGAGUGUUACACCUGUGAAACGAGUGUUGUCAAAGAGGAAGUUGUUAACGAAGCACAAGUAGUUGAAAAUUCGCCAACUUGGUAUCAAGCGAAAGAGACGAUAAAAGGAUUCAAAGACUUCAAUAUAGAAGGAGUGUCUGUAUUUAGUAUGAUAGGAAAGUUAAGUAAAUAAAUUUUAGUUUCAAUUGUAUAUUCUGUUAGUGUGAAUUAAGUUAUUUUUACUCAACUUUUGUCAUCAUUAGAUAUAAAUUAAAACAAAUAUAUAAAAAAUGAUAUAUACA